ACUCCCCCUGCUCCUCUUCUUCCUUCUUCUUCUUCGCAUCUCUUUCUUCCCCCGCAGAGGCUGCUCCGCCUCGCCUUGAGAGAGAAGAGAAGCGAGGAGAGGAGAGCCAUGGACGACUACGCGCGGGAGAUGAUGGAGCUCAAGACGCUCGUCACCCGCACCCUCGAGAAGAAGGGCGUCCUCGCCAAGAUUAGGGCUGAGCUGAGAGCAAGUGUGUUUGAGGCCAUAGAAGACGAGGAUCGUGUGGCAGAGGAGAAUGAAGAUGGUGGGAAUCCUGCUUUGCUUGGUAGCUGCAAUGACCGUGCUAAGCAACUGCAUGCUUCACCGUCAGGUAGGUUAUUAACAGCACUUAUAGGUGAAUACUUGGAGUGGGCCCAGCUAAGUCACACCAUGAAAGUUUAUUUGCCGGAAUGUAAUCUGCCCAAGGACUUUUGGAAGAAUGAACUAAAGGAUUUUUCUAACAAAAACGGACCUGAAGGGAGCAGGAGUGCUGAGAGUGGUCCAAUGCUUUUAGAUGUUCUUGAAGGAUAUCUUAAAUAUGAGAAUUUGUCUCAAACAAGAAUGGCUGGUAGGAGAAUGGUCAAUUCUGAGUCUGACCCAACAUUGAAUAAUGAUAAUCGGAACAUGAGGAGGCCACCGUCUUCAUCUUCAGUCGGGGGCAUGCCUCCUAUGGGAAGGCAAAUGCCAUCGUCGCAGACAUCAGCUUUGGACAUUCAGACAGAAGAGGGGGUUCUUCCGCUUCCAAUACAAGGAAAGAGGAGUACAACUGGGGCUAUGACGACGAUAUCUCGGAAGAAGUGUUGCGUACAACCAGCGCUAUGGAGAACGUUCAAUUAGACCGGAAAACCCGGAACCUGACAACAUCUUGGAGGCAUCCAGGCAAUGGUGCCGAGUAGCAUCUGUAAGGUGGGCUGGUGCGCUGUUGGCUUGCUUGGUAUCCCCUUGGGAUUCUGUAUCCACUUCUAGUCGGUAUUGGAUUGUGCGUGUGUGUGGCGUGUGUUGUAAUCCAGCUAAUUGUGCACCCGAGAGGAGAUUUUAUAGUGUGCUAGACCUAUUCAUUGUAAUCUUUCCUGUCCGUAUGAUUUGAGUGUGGAACAAAUUGAUUUGAUUUACGUUGACAA